GGCAUAGAAGAGCUCCAUCAGUACCUGUAGGAGCUGCAUGGUGGCCGGCUGAUGAGAUUAGAGGUGUCGGUCAUAGUUAAACUGCAAGGGGGGACGACGGAGCGUCACUCAGCCUGCUCAUUCUCUCAUUCAUCGGCGGCGGGGAGCGCCACAUUCACCCUCCUCCUUCUCAUCUCACACACAUCUACACACAUUGUUUUCAGAUGGAUACCUGCAGGGUGCACGCCUGGGUGUUCCUUGUCCUGCUCUACCAGGACGCCUCCUGGGCUUCACAGUUUCCUUCUCAGCUCUUGAUUAAAGAAUGGGUUGAUCAAAUGCAGAAAGAGCUCGUCACCCUGGCAGACACGGCCACAGCCGGCAAGAGUCUAACCCAGAUUUUUCUCAGAAACAAGCACCUCUACACUGUGGAGCAGAAUGAUGCAGAGGAGCUUGUGGCCAGAGCAGCCAGGAACAUUGAACAGCUGCUCCGCAAGAGGUCUGCAGCCUUGGAGAAACUGGCUACAGCUGCGGAGAACUUCCAGAUGGAGCAUCUGUGGAAAGACGAAUUUGAGGAUGAUGAAAUUGCGUACUACAAUUCAAAGGACAACCUGGAUGGAAACGAGACAGAGGGACGGAAAUACCGAAUCCGCCCGGACUUUAAGGAGGACCCGUCAUUUAAGCGUCUGACAGACCACAGUCACACGGCGGUGCACAUUCCCACCGACAUCUAUGAUGGCUCCACCAUUGUGCUGAAUGAGCUAAAUUGGACGGAGGCACUGGAGGAUGUGUUCAAAAGAAACAGAGAGGAUGAUCCCACUCUUCUCUGGCAGGUGUUUGGAAGUGCGACCGGGCUGGCUCGGUACUACCCAGCGUCUCCCUGGAUGGAUGCUCGUAAGACUCCCAGCAAAAUUGACCUGUAUGAUGUACGCAGGAGACCAUGGUAUAUCCAAGGAGCAGCUUCUCCAAAAGACAUGCUGAUCCUUGUGGACGCGAGUGGGAGCGUGUCCGGCUUGACGCUCAAACUGAUCAGGACCUCUGUCAGCGAGAUGCUGGAAACGCUGUCUGAUGAUGACUACGUCAACGUUGUUUAUUUCAACACUAGGGUGAAGAAGACGGCGUGUUUUGAGCAUCUGGUUCAAGCCAAUGUGAGGAACAAGAAGUUGCUGAAGGACGCAGUGCAGAAUAUCACAGCAAAAGGAAUUACAAACUACACAAAGGGAUUCGAGUUUGCUUUUGAGCAGCUCUCUGCGACUAAUGUGAGCAGAGCAAACUGCAACAAGAUUAUCAUGCUGUUUACUGAUGGAGGAGAAGAACGAGCCCAAGCCAUACUGGAGAAAUACAACGCAGACAAAAAAGUUAGAAUCUUCACCUUCUCUGUUGGACAGCACAACUAUGACAAAGGACCCAUUCAGUGGAUGGCCUGCUCCAACAAAGGUUACUUCUAUGAGAUUCCUUCUAUUGGAGCCAUACGAAUCAACACACAGGAGUACCUGGACGUUCUGGGAAGACCCAUGGUUCUGGCAGACAAGCAAGCCAAACAAGUUCAAUGGACAAAUGUCUACCUCGAUGCGCUGGAACUGGGUCUUGUCAUAACCGGGACACUUCCUGUCUUCAAUAAGACCAAGACUAAAGAUGACAGGAAUGGCGAGCAUCAAAAUCAGCUCAUUCUCGGCGUGAUGGGGAUUGACGUGUCUCUGAAUGACAUCAAAAAGCUCACACCACGUUUCACAAUUGGCCCAAAUGGAUACUACUUUGCCAUUGAUCCAAACGGCUAUGUCCUGUUGCACCCCAAUCUCCAGCCAAAGAAAAGGAUCCAUAACAGGAGUCUCAGGCUCAAUAAUAAGUAUGCCGUCACAUUUCACGAGGAGCCUGUGACGCUGGACUUUCUGGAUGCUGAGCUGGAGAACGACAUUAAAGUGGAGAUCCGGAGAAUGAUGAUUGACGGUGAGACGGGCGAACGCACCAUUGAGACGCUAGUGAAAACUCAGGAUGAGAGAUACAUUGAUCGAGGAGUCAGAACCUACACAUGGGCACCAGUCAAUGGAACUGAUUACAGCCUGGCUCUUGUUCUACCCAAAUACAGCGAACACUUCAUUCAAGCCAAACUGGGUGAUGACAUCAAGCAAGCAAUGUUGAUGGAAACCAUCCAGCUGGAGAACUUUGAUGACUUUGGUUACACCUUCAUCGCUCCACGGGAGUACUGCAAAGAGCUGAAGUUGUCACUCAACAACACCCAGUUUCUCCUCGAAUUCAACCAGUACAUUGAUAGGAACACUCCAGAUGCAUGUAAUGUGUCCCUUGUGAGUCGACUAAUCUUGGAUGCCGGUCUGACAGCUGAGCUGGUUGACUUGUGGAAAGAGCAGAAAGUGAACGGGACAGUCGCCAGGUUUGUAGCCACAGAUGGAGGGAUCACAAGAGUCUUCCCAAGAAGUGCUGGGGAAGAGUGGAUUGAGAACCCUGAGACAUACGAGUCCAGCUUCUACAAGAGAGCCCUGGACAACGAGAUGUACAUUUUCACCGCUCCAUCUUUUAACAUUGCAGCAGAAGGCCGGGAGAUUGUGUCCGAGUCAGGUAUUCUUGUCAGCAAAGCUGUGGAACUCACUGUCGAUGAAGUCACACUUAAACCUGCAGUGGUGGGAGUGAAACUCAAUGUCACAUACUGGAUGAACAGUUUCAUGAACGCCACACUUAAAGAGAAUUGCAAAGAUGAGAUAUGUGGCUGUAUGAGGAAUGACAAGCAUGUCGACUGUGUGAUCUUAGAUGAUGGUGGGUUUCUCCUCAUGUCCAAUCAGGAUGAUUACAUUAGCCUGAUAGGUCAGUUUUUUGGUGAGGUGGACCCUGUGCUGAUGAUCAACCUGGUCAACACCUCUCUUUACUCCUUCAACAAGACCUACGACUACCAGUCUGUUUGUGACCCGGAGAAAGACAGCAAGGCUGCAGCAGGACCUCGCUCUGUAUAUGUGCCAACCAUAGCAGACUUGCUUAGUGUUGGCUGGUGGGCCUCCAGUGCUGCUUGGUCCAUACUCCAGCAGCUCUUCUAUGGCCUCAUGUUCCCCAACCUUCUAGAGGCAGCUGAGUCAACUGAUGAGGAUAUCCCAGAUGCCAUGUUUAAAGAAAGCUGCAUCACAGAGCAAACGCAGUACUUCUUUGACAACGAUGAAAGAUCCUACUCUGGAGUCCUCGACUGUGGAAACUGUUCAAGGAUGUAUCGUGCAGAGAAGCUGCCCAACACCAACCUGGUGUUCCUAAUCACUGAUGCCAAGGCAACGUGUUUGUCUUGUGACCCCAGGCCGCUACGACAGGCUGAACAACCCUCUGAAGGUCCAGAUCCAUGUGAGCUGGCCCAGAAUCCAAGAUACCGCAAAGGACCAGAUGUGUGCUUUGACAACAAUGAAAAUGAUGAGCCCUUGUGUCCAAUCAGCAAAGGAUCCACUCUGAGGCACACAUCCCUCUUCUUGUUUCUGCUGAUGGGUUUUAUUGGGAAGACGAUUCUGAUUGUGGUGGAGGGACCUCCCUAAGCCCAAGUCUUUGGGCCAUGCUCGCCCUCCAACUGCUGCUGCUGUGGCUCAGCACACCUUUGAAAAGCUCGUGACACCUACAAACAUUCACACACACAGCGAAAAGACACUGAGCAUGAUGAGGAAAAGAGGUCAUGAAUGCGCUCACGCAAAGUGAUGGUGUUAUCUGACAAGAAGAGGCCAUCGGGGGACACCAUCCGGGACGGUAUGCAGAUGAACGCGGUCUUAUUUUGUUCUCAAUGCAGUAUUGCCGUCUUCAUUUCCCGAUGCCAAAGGUUUAUCGGUUAUUUUCUGCUUUUCAUUUUGAAUGGUAUUAUUACUCUGCUCAGAUGCUUUUACGCUAUAUCCCAUAAUCUCCUGCAAAGUGCAAGAGUAAGCGCUAACCAAACCCUUUAAUUCUGCCUCGUUUCUUUUGUAGAUUUAGUUAGUGGACAUUUUAAUCCACUAAGCCAAUGGAAAAUCACUCAAAGACUGUACGUUCACUGACAGCAUUGAUUUGUGUAGUUGUUGAUUCGUUGCUUAUUCUAUUUAUGACCUGUGAAGCAUAAAUGCUGUGAUGAUUGUUUGCAGCAACCAGUGCAACUAUGACGAGUACCCUCUCCUUUUGUUUGUGUUUGAACGAUGUACUGUACCUGCUCUUUUUGUACUCAACAAUCAACAGGCAUUUUGCUACUAGCUAAAUGUUGUAUCGUAGCCGCAUGUGCUCCAUACAGAGCAAAAGAUAAUACCGUGACUCUGACACCAAAGCUCCAUGCAGUCACACUGAACGCCAGCUAGUUAAAACCCUCAGAUAUGGGUGUCAAAUGGAGAAACAAUGACAGUUACAUGUGGUCAGAGAGCAUCCAUGUUGUUUGGUCUGAUUGCUUUGGGUGUCCUUAAUUUAAUGCAUUGAAUUUCCAGUGCCUGCAUCAUAGCUCAUAUUCCCCCUUUUCCAAUACACAGUGCCUACACUCGCAAUUGUCGCUUUUCCACCAGGAAAACCAGGUACUAUUUUAGUAGUCUGGGUUCCAGGCCUGCAAACUCGAUCGGUAACAAACCAGUUCUGGACACUCAUCGCUCGAACAGAUUCGUCUUAGCCUCGUGGAUAGAUGGAUUGAAAUGUCCGAAAUAUGCACAUAUGCUAACAUUAUCUUAUCCUGUUGCUGUGCCUUAGCUCUGAAAGCUGCAGUGUCACACUCUGCAGUCUCCUCUUUGCUGCAAUGGUCUGUCUUGUUGCCCUCAGUCUCCUCUUGAAUAAAGUUGAACAAAGUGUCCCAUUCCGAUCGAUGCAAUGUUGGACUACUAAGGCAGGACUAUUUUGAAGUAAAACACUGACAGCCCCAAACUGACCAGAACUGAGCUGGCACUGUGAAGUGGAAAAGGGGCAAACAGUCUUACCGUGUGUCUGUGCUGAUAUUUACUGCAGUAUAGCAGUAUAGAGAAGGUAACCCAUAGGUCGAAUUUGCUGCUGGCCCAAAAAACUAUUCCCAUGAGAAUUUAGUAGGAUUUCAUACAAACUGUUCAAAAUUUGUAUUUUUGGAGUGCAGGUACUGCCAAGUAGGAAAAAGCACAAGGGGAGAGCUUUUCAGCCAAGCACAAAAACAUGAAGGCAAUAUCGCAACACAACUAAUUUUUUUAGCCGGUAAUUUUUCGCCAUUCGAGGUAGCCUCAGAGGCGGGGUGAUGCAGUUCCACAGUGCAGAAUGUGAUGCCCAGGACUUGCGUCUCAUCCCCUGUUGUGUUGAAAGCAUUUGUGGUGGUUGAUUGGCCUUUGCGCUGACAGUGUCAUAUGUAUAAGUAUCUGUUUGUGGGAUGCUAUGUUGCUGUGUGGUUGCGCUUGGUUGUAUAUGACACAUUUGAACCUGCUGACUAUAAACCUGACAACCUGAGUCAUAAUUUAAGGUUGAGGUGAACUCAAUACUUGCUUAUUUUUUGUAUUUUUUGUAACUGGACAUUGUUAAGCUGAUGAAAAAUACUGGCAAAUAAAACCCUGCACUCACAAAACAUUCAUGUCAGUGAUACUGUAAGUCAUGAUGAUUUUUAGAUAUCAAAAAGAUAAUAUAACAUAUGCCUUUAUUAGUCCCACAAGGGGAAAUUUCAGGUUUACAGCAGCGACAGUACAAGAGCACAGUAUAGGGCAAAGCACACAAGAGCAAAUAAAGUGCAAAAACAAUACAUAAUUAACUUAAUAACCUUCUAUUCACAUGGAGUAAUUUGGCCCCAUAACUAUAGCCAAGCUUUUUGCUUUGCCGCUGGUGUAAAAACAGAAGGUGUUCAAGGCGCUUUCUAGGCUAAAUAGUGAGUGUGAUGGUGGCGGACACGAAGGGCAACGAUUGUUAUUGGCCUUCCAAAGUUCUUGUACCUUGUCAAUAUUAUCGGUGUAGCAGAAAUUGUGUGUGUAUUUUGCACACGGCACAUGAAUAAUGACUUCCACUGCAAAUCAUUUUACAGGAUGCCAUUACAGUUAAUGCCAGAGCUACUCAAUGAAACCAUGAUAUUCCUGUCAGUUUGGUUUUUUUUAAUAUCCAGGAUUAAAUCAUCAAAGAUUCAUUUUAUUAUCACCAUACCUCAAUAACAUAUCAGUUACAACCAUGGAAUGUCCAUUUCACCUAGGACUAACCCUUUCAAAAUCACAGAUCCUUGUAAAGAUCUCUGCAAGUUUGGAAAAUGUGUCAUAUGAAAGGCUCGGGCGAAUAAAGUCCAGAUUGUAUUGUUCUGAUGCGGCAAUAUGCAUAAAAGACGCUAAUCGUGGAACCCAUUAAGUUUUGGAGUGGAUUGUCACGGUGCGUCGUUAAUGGAAGCGUCUGUGGCAUCUUCUAUCGUCGUCUACAAACCCGGAAGUACUCAUUUACCAAUACGUAACUAGUGGAGACACACUCAAGUAAAUUCCACUAUUUUCUAUUGGUUGUGUUUGGCUCUAGCAGAGGUUCUACUUUUUUGUUGGCUUGUUUAGUUAAUUAGUUAGCAUGAUUAGGCAGCACUUAUGCCAAGUGGGGCAGUGACCCACCAGAUCCAACAGAUGGAGCUAUGGUGGAUGAAAGCAUGCCAUAUUGGUCAGUACCCAUAGCACUGCCACUGGAGUGAAACAGAUCAUUUUCAGAUCAGGGUGUCCUCAACAGAUGCAUGUGUGAUGCUCAGUGAUGCAGAAAAAUAAUCUACUUGGAACAGCAUGAACAUAAUGUUAGAUUUUUUGGGGGUUGCUCCACUAAAUUCUCAUGAGAACACGUCAGGGCCCAAAAAGUAAGAAAAUAUGAGGAAUGCUGUUACCUUCGUUGUGCUCCCUUUAUUUCUGUUUCCUCCAUGGAUCACCAGACUCAGGAGCCAAGAUGACUUGUGAAUGAGCUUAAUAUCAACCAUGACUGUUCUUUGUUUUCUCUCCGCUCCUGCUUGUUUUUUGCAUUGUUGUUGCUCUACUGAAAUAAAAGCGCUGUGAAGCAGAUGCUGAGGUGUCGGUGUCCAGAAAAAGCUGCAAAGUUCCCGGGAUGAGCUUUUGUUCGUUGUUGUUUGAUCGCCCCGUGGUCAGCAUCAGGGCCUGCUGGAGAGAAUAAUGAAGGUGUUUAAAUCAUCUAGCAUUGCCUUACCUCAUCCUUAAACAUCACAACAUGCAUGCCUCCGUGUGAGGUGUAACAGUUGUCUUCUCUCCAACUUGCCUUUAUGUUGAUCUGCUGGUGCUGUAUGUGCAGGUGAUGCCUGUUUAUCAAAGUGUUCAAAUGUGUUUUAACCCUUAUGGGGGUCCAUGUCUAAGUUGAGGCAUGUUUGUGUCCCCUCCAAUGAUAUCUGAUUGUGCUUUAAUACUGUACAUUAUUUACUCUUUUGUGGACUAUAGCCUGAAUACAUUUUGUAUACAUUUGUACACUAUUUACUGUAUAAAAGACAACAUAAAGGUGAAAAAAUGUUUAUAACAUGGUGUUGACUAUUGUGCAAAUAUAAUAUAUUCACAAUAAAAGUGUUGUA